AUGCUCUGCCAUCGCCUCCAUUCUAUCGGUUACAACAACGGUUUUUAGGAGGGAGAAGGAGAGAGAGACGCACAGUCUCACUACUACUUAAACUCAUUGCGCUUCCUCUCAUUCUCAUGUCUAAAAACCCUAAUGUUUCUUCUUUCCUCUUUGUCCCCUAACCUAAUUCCUGUCUUCUCCUCUGUCUCUUACAUUCUUUGAACGAUGCGUCCUUCAAAGUCACGUCAAGUCCAUCCCACCCCGGCUCAGGGUGCCCGCCUCGACCCUAAAAUCUGGCGAGCAUGCGCCGGUGGAUCCUUUCGCAUCCCUCCUCUUCAUUCUAGGGUUUAUUACUUCCCUCAGGGCCAUAUCGAGCAUGCCUCGUCGGCUCCUCAAUACCUUAACCCUCUCAUCUUCUACAGGCCUUUCAUUCCCUGUCGCGUCUCCGCUGUUGAAUUUCUUGCUGACCCUGUCACUGAUGAGGUAUUUGCCAAGCUUUCGCUCCUUCCUUUGAGUGAUGGCAACUCUGAUCACUUUGGCGAUUCCUUGGUAGCGCCGGACGAUGACAAGAUCGUGUCGUUCGCGAAAGUUCUGACGCCUUCUGACGCGAACAAUGGCGGUGGAUUCUCUGUUCCUAGGUACUGUGCUGACUCCAUCUUUCCGCCUCUGAACUUCCAGGUCGACCGACCCACCCAGACAUUGUACGUGACGGAUGUUCACGGUAACGUCUGGGAAUUUCGCCACAUUUAUCGGGGCACACCGAGGCGGCACUUGCUCACUACUGGCUGGAGUAAAUUUGUCAAUAAUAAGAAGUUGGUUGCUGGUGAUUCGGUGGUUUUCAUGAGGAACUCCAGAGGGAAGAUGUUCGUCGGGAUUCGCAGAGCUUUGCGACUUGCUAAAUUAACUGCGGUCGAUUGCUCCAUAUGGUCUUCCCAACUUGGUGGGCUGAGAAAUAAGCCUGAGGGGGAGCAGCAACGAGAUGGCUAUGUAGGUCCCAGAGGGAAAGAAAGGUUUUCAAGGGACGGGGCGGGGAAAUUAUCGGCUAAGGAAGUUUCCGAUGCUGCAGAAUUGGCAGCGCAAAACAUGCCAUUUGAGGUUGUGUAUUAUCCAAGGGUGGGCUGGUCGGACUUUGUGGUGAAGGCGGAAGUUGUGGAGAAAGCUUGGAAUGUCGCAUGGGCUUCCGGAAUGAGAGUUAAAAUGGCAAUGGAGACAGAGGAUUCGUCCAGGAUCACCUGGUUUCAGGGGACAGUAUCUUCUGCAUCUGCUCCUAACAAUGGGCCUUGGCGGGGUUCUCCAUGGCGUAUGCUUCAGAUUAUGUGGGAUGAACCAGAAGUCUUGCAGAAUGCAAAGCGAGUGAGCCCGUGGGAGGUUGAACUUGUUUCCUCUGCACUUCCCCCUAAUACGGUAUUCCCUCCUGCAAAAAGGUUUAGGGCUGCUCAGUAUUGCGGCGCGGCAACUGAUAGAGAGGGAGACCCUUUCUUUUCUAUGACAGGUUUGACUAAUUCAACAAUGGGGCAAUUGAACCAAUCAUUGUUGAAUUACAAUACUAUUCCUGCUGGCAUGCAGGGAGCCAGGCAAGAUCUAUCUUCUGUAUCAAGUCUCUCCAACUUUGAAACUGGUAAUUCUCAUCUGUAUAUCGUUAAUACAGCUGGUAACAUGGUACCCAAGAUGAAAACUUCUAUGUCAACAGAGCCAAAUAUUGACAGUUCUCAGUCUAAUAGCUUGUCACCAGAAAGCCAGAGUAGUUUGCAUGGCUCUGGCGCAGAAUUCGCUGGGACACGAGGCUGCUGCAUGACAAAACAGGGUGCAACUUCAAUUCAGCUAUUCGGUAAGCUUAUUCAAUUGGAACAGCCCGUUGAAAGUGGUUCCCAUGCUUUUGGGUGCACGGGAGACGAGGGCAGUAAUGGCGGCAAUGAGACUGAAGGCGUUGACCAACCAUUGGGCCAUUCUCUAACCAACAGUUGCUCGCUUGGCUUGAUGUCCAAUGCCAAUGAGCAUUCUGGGCAGUAGAGGCAUGUUAACUAGUUAUUGUGCCCUGUUCAGCACAUAUUAGUAUAUAGCUGUACAGGUAUAGUUAUGUUUGAGUAAGUUGAACUCGUCAUUAGUGUACUUAGAUCUUAUGGUUUGUGGACAAUUUAAGUGACAUGAAUUCUGAGAAUGCUUAAGAGGUUCCUUUAUUUUCUCUCACUCGCUUUGUCCCUAAUUAGAAAUUAAACGUUUGUGUAAUCAGCUGGUUUUCUCUAUUGAAAAUUUUAUCCUAGUUUCUUUCUUUUUUUC